AUUGGAAGUGAUAUACAUACACAUACACCUUUUUUUUCUAAAAAACUAUCUUUAAGCGUCCCUGCGCGUAUCUUACUCAUCGCCAUCUUAUAGUUGACUGAUCACCGCCAUCGACAUCGUGUACACCACAAGAAUAUUGGCAAAUAAUUAGUAAAGUGUAUGUUAAUGUGUGGUGAAUCAGUGGUAAACAAGUCAAAUCCGAGCCAUUAAUUUGUGUAUUUUCCAAUUUGUUAACAACGGUGUGGAAAAACGAAGCUUCCCCUGGAGCUAUGAGUUCCAAUCAAAUGAGAUCCGUUUCUCAUGGUAAUUAUCAAGGGCCAGGAGAUUUACCAAUGGGAACGGCAAAGGAACAAACCCUUAUGUGGCAACAAAAUUCAUAUAUGGGUGAUUCUGGAAUUCACUCAGGUGCUGCCACGCAAGCACCAUCAUUAUCAGGCAAAGAAGACGAUGAAAUGGAGGGAGAUCAAUUAAUGUUUGAUUUAGAUCAAGGUUUUGCCCAAGGUUUUACUCAAGAUCAAGUUGAUGAAAUGAAUCAACAACUAAGCCAUACGCGUUCACAACGAGUACGAGCAGCAAUGUUUCCAGAAACUUUAGAAGAAGGAAUUGAAAUUCCUUCAACCCAGUUUGAUCCAGCGCAACCUACAGCAGUCCAACGAUUAGCUGAACCCAGUCAAAUGUUGAAACAUGCUGUCGUUAACUUGAUUAAUUAUCAAGAUGAUGCUGAUCUUGCAACACGAGCAAUUCCCGAAUUAAUAAAAUUACUCAAUGAUGAAGAUCAAGUAGUUGUCUCUCAAGCUGCUAUGAUGGUUCAUCAACUAUCAAAAAAAGAAGCAGCUCGUCAUGCUAUUAUGAAUAGUACACAAAUGGUAGCAGCUUUAGUUCGUGCAAUUUCAAAUAGUGAAGAUUUAGAAUCAACUAAGGCUGCUGUUGGAACAUUACACAAUUUGUCACAUCAUAGACAAGGUCUUUUGGCUAUCUUCAAGAGUGGAGGAAUUCCAGCUUUGGUUAAAUUACUUAGUUCAGGCGUAGAAUCAGUAUUAUUUUAUGCCAUCACAACAUUACAUAAUCUUCUACUUCAUCAAGAUGGUUCAAAAAUGGCUGUACGUCUUGCUGGGGGACUUCAAAAAAUGGUUGCUCUUCUUCAACGGAACAACGUUAAAUUUUUAGCUAUCGUUACCGAUUGUCUACAAAUUCUUGCUUAUGGAAAUCAAGAAAGUAAAUUAAUCAUAUUGGCAUCACAAGGACCAAUUGAAUUAGUGCGUAUCAUGCGCUCUUAUGAUUAUGAGAAGCUUCUUUGGACCACAUCUCGUGUUUUAAAAGUUUUAUCAGUGUGCUCAAGUAAUAAACCAGCCAUCGUUGAAGCUGGUGGAAUGCAAGCACUUGCAAUGCAUUUGGGAAAUCCAAGUCAAAGACUUGUUCAAAAUUGCUUAUGGACCCUACGAAAUCUUUCUGAUGCUGGAACAAAAGUCGAUGGUCUUGAAGGACUUUUACAAGGUUUAGUUCAAGUUCUUGCUUCUAGUGAUGUCAAUGUUGUUACUUGUGCAGCUGGUAUUCUUUCAAAUCUUACAUGCAACAAUCAACGUAAUAAGAUAACGGUGUGUCAAGUUGGUGGUAUUGAUGCUCUUGUUCGUACAAUUGUUAAUGCUGGAGAUCGCGAAGAAAUUACAGAACCAGCCGUUUGUGCUUUACGUCAUCUAACUUCUCGUCAUCCAGAAGCAGAAAUGGCUCAAAAUUCAGUUCGUUUAAAUUACGGAAUUCAAGUAAUAGUGAAAUUACUUCAUCCACCAUCCCGUUGGCCAUUGAUCAAAGCAGUUGUUGGAUUGAUUCGAAAUUUAGCUCAUUGUCAAGCUAACUUUGCACCAUUACGGGAGCAUGGUGCUAUUCAUCAUCUCGUUAGACUUUUAAUGCGAGCAUUCCAAGAUAUAGAAAGACAAAGAGCUUCGGUUACUGGAAUAGGAAGUCAACAAGCUUACACAGAUGGAGUACGUAUGGAAGAAAUUGUAGAAGGAACUGUUGGUGCAUUACACAUUCUUGCUCGAGAAUCACAUAAUAGAGCAAUCAUACGAUCUCAAAAUGUCAUUCCUAUUUUUGUUCAAUUAUUAUUCAAUGAAAUUGAAAAUAUUCAACGCGUCGCUGCCGGAGUACUUUGUGAACUUGCACAUGAAAAAGAAGGUGCAGAGAUGAUUGAACAGGAAGGUGCAACUGCUCCACUUACAGAAUUAUUGCAUUCACGAAAUGAAGGUGUUGCAACUUAUGCUGCUGCUGUUCUAUUUCAUAUGAGUGAUGAUAAACAUUCAGAUUAUAAAAAACGAAUUUCAAUGGAGCUCACUAAUUCUUUAUUACGUGAAGAUACAAAUAUGUGGAAUAAUCCAGACUUUGGAAUAAUGAGUCCAGAUUUACAAGACAUGCUUGGACCUGAACAAGGAUAUGACGGUAUGUAUGGCCAGGGACCUCCUAGUGUUCACAGCAGUCAUGGAGGCCGGAAUUAUCAGCCCCAAGCAAGCUAUGACCAAAUUCCAAUAGACUCAAUGCAGGGGUUAGAGAUAGGUGGAGGAUCAACAUACGGUGGUAUGGAUGGAAUGGAUGUUGCACAUGAGGGAGACCUUAGCUUUGAUCAUCUAGAUGAGUUGCCUGCACCACCACAGGAUAAUAAUCAAGUAGCUGCUUGGUACGAUACCGAUCUUUAAAACCUGAGAACGUCUUAAAUAAAUAAUGACCAGGUCAAGUAUUAAAUAAAUUAAUAGUAUUGUACCGUAAUGGCGCUAUCGCAUAAAUUUAACGUGCAGUUGAUGAAUAAAAUAUCAUUAUCCAUUGAAUUCAAAUUGAAAAUAGUGAAAUAUUUAUAUCGAAAAAGAAACAAGAGAAAAAAAUGUUAUUAAAAUGCAUUGAAUCUUACGUUAAUUAAAAUAAUUCACUCCACUAAAAGAUUCUGAUCGGCAACUCAAUUUUAAGAAUGAACUUUUGUUUUUUUUAAAUUAAAAAUAAUUAAUGCAUGUAAUUAAAUAUUUACGUCACAAAAAUAAGUAAAUAAAUCGAAAUUAAAUGAAUCAAUUUUACAUGGAGUGUAUUUGAGAAGUUGGUUUAUACAAUCAUAUUUAAAUAGUUGCAUAAAAAAUAUGCAAUUUAUUUAUCAAUUAAUUAAAUAUUUGAAAAUUAAUUGAAUAACCAUUUAUAUUGAUUUGACGUAAUUUAGUUUUUAGUACAAUCAAUUAUUCACUCUUAAUUAGCUGUCAUAUCCAUAUCUAUAUAUUUAUAUAUGACUUUCAGAACCGGAAGAUCACCAUUACUGUUAAAGAAUAUCGCUCGAAAGAUUUAUAAUUUUUAUAAUUAUUAAAAUAUUUUUUAUUAUGAUAAGCAAUUUAUUUUCUAAAUCAAUAAAAAAUACAAGGAAAAAAAAAACGCAUUAAAAAUUA